AGAAGCUGAUUGCCAACCAUGCAUAGUGGCACCAGAUAUUGCAAUCUCUAUGUUACUAAACCGAAGACCCUGCACUCACUAUAUCUGGUCCCCCAAAAUCCUGCACUCACUAUAUCUGGUCCCCCAAAAUCCUGCACUUACUAUAUCUGGUCCCCCAGGACCCUGCACUCACUAUAUCUAGUCCCCCAGGACCCUGCAUUCACUAUAUCUGGUCUCCCCCCGGACCCUGCAUUCACAAUAUCUGGUCUCCCUGUACACUGCAUUCACUAUAUCUGGUCUCCCCAGACCCUGCAUUCACUAUAUCUGGUCUUCCCGGACCCUGCAUUCACUAUAGCUGGUCUACCCAGACCCUGCAUUCACUAUAUCUGGUCUCCCCUGACCCUGCAUUCACUAUAUCUGGUGGUCUCCCCUAACCCUGCAUUCACCAUAUCUGGUCUACCCUGACCCUGCAUUCACUAUAUCUGGUCUCCCUGGACCCCGCAUUCACUAUAUCUGGUCUCCCCGGACCCUGCAUUCACUAUAUCCGGUCUCCC